AUGUGUCGCAUUGUGAGGCGAAAAAUUAUUGGAAAGAAGAUGACAGUUAGCUUUAACGAUAAAGGGGAACCCAUAGGGAAAGCUGGUAAAGAAAUGCAGUCAUAUAUUGGGGUGUUAGCUCGCAAGAAGGUUGCAAUCUCGAAUCCUACAUGGAACGAUGUUUUAAUGGAACAUAAAAACAAAAUCUGGGAAGGUGUAAAGUUGGCGUUUCUGUUGCGUCCAGAACACAAAAGAAUGGUUUUAAUCUCAGCAGGACGGAAAUGGAGAGAAUUCAAAAGUCAUUUGACUACCCGCUACAUUCUCCCUUAUAGGGAUAACCUUGAAAUGAUCGAGUCUCGUCCAGAGGACUAUCUUUUCAUUAAUCAACGGGAUUGGGAGAUUUUUGUAAAGGAUAGGUUGUCUGACACAUUCCUGGAAUUGCAUGAGAAACAGAAAAAAAAAAGGGCCUUAAAUAAGUAUCCUCAUCGGAUGUCACGUAAAGGAUACGCUGGAUUGGAGGAAGAACUGUCUGGAUGUAUGAGUGACUCUGAACUUGAUCGUGCAACGAUGUGGAUUAAGGCACGUCAGGACAAGAAUGGUGGGUUUAAAGAUCCUUUGGUAGAGGAGAAGGCCAAAAAAAUUGCUGCUUUGAAGAAAAAGGAGGUUGAGGGAGAGUUAAGCACUUCGGGUGCAGAUGAUGUGUUAACCUUAGCAUUAGGAAAUCCUGAAAAUACUGGAGUAGUAAGAGGAGUGGGAGGUUGUGUGAGGAAAUCUACAUAUUUUAACCUCCCAAAACGUCAAAAGCAAAGUGUUGAACAGACUGUUAGGUUAAGUGUUCAGAAGAUAAUGGAACAAGAGAGGGAGAAGAUAUUAGCAGAAGAACGAGCAAUUUGGGAGGAGAGAUUUAGGAGGUUACUAGAGAAGGUUGGUGCGAGUGCUUUGCAAACUGAGUCCCCCAAAGUUUCCACCCUUGACAAGCAAGUGGGUUCUGGACAAGGAAGUUGUUCAAAUUUGCAAGAGAAAAAUGUUGUGGGAACUGAAAAACUGAUUUCUGCCACUGUUAAGAAGUCUUUGGAUUUAGAACAUCUUCAGGAGCCAUCAAAAGAAUCUUUGGAAUUAAAACUUCCUCUUCAGGAGCCAGUAAAAGAUGUGAAUCCCAUUAGUGGAGUGGAGUUGAAUGCUACUGUGAAAGAUGUCAAAAAUAGUCAGGUGGUUGUUGAUCUGGAAAUCCAGAAGGGUUCAAUUCAGGCACAAACAAUUGGGAAAGAGUGCCGAUUGGCUACAGGUUCAAUCGAUAAUGUUGUAGCAAUUGCAACAAUUACAGAAGUCAAUGGUGAAAACAAUAGCCAGCUUAUCCAUGGUGUUCCAUUGGGCAAGGGAAACAGGCGUGUGUCAAUUGUCACUUCUCUAGUGGAUGAAGCUAAGCUUCCAUUUCCGAUUAAAGAUGAAAUAGUGACUGUUCGAGAUGCUAUCGGGACUUAUGUGGCCUGGCCUGAAAACCUUAUAAUUUUUCAAUGCGAGUCUAAGACGACAGCAAAGAGUAAAGGAUUGAAGAAGAGAAAAAGGGCAGAUGAAGAUGAUGAUGAAGAGGAAGAUAUAGACACUGCAUCACUGCCACCAACUACUCCUGCAUCUCUUAUUGCGGUAUGCAAUUGGGCCAAAGAAAGAAUGAGAAAUGCGCAAACAAUUAUCUGCGAGUUCGAUGAAAAGAUUUUCGGACAUCCAUCCAAAACUUUUAUCUGCAAACAUGAUAUUAAUAAUUUUGUUACCAUGAAGGAAGUAUCGGGCAGCUGCAUAGACAUCUAUAUUCGCUACCUAUAUUGUGUGUUGAAAAAAACAAAAAUGGUAGAUAUGGUUGGAUUUCUGGACAAUACAGAUGUUGGUGCCAUUGGGUGUGGCAGUCCAAUUGAGCGUUCCCGUGCUAUCGCCGAUAGGCUAAAACGAGCAAAGCGUGGUCAGAUUAUUUUGGUGCCAUAUAACUCUGGAUGUCAUUGGAUGCUGACUGUACUCAGUCCUGAAGAAGACAUUGUCUACUUCAUGGAUCCAUUAAAGAGGAGACUCUGCACAGGAGAGUGGAAGAAUAUUGUUGAUAAUGGCAUCAAAAUACAUAAUGCUCAACUCAAGAGGCAAGGCAGAAAGGCAACUACUUGGAAAAACUGUGCGGGUAUUCCGGAGCAAAAGACGGACAAAGACUGUGGAUAUUAUGUAAUGAGAUAUAUGAAGGAAAUAGUGGAAGAUAAGAGCUUAGAUUUUUUCACCAAGUGGGAGAGAAGAGGCAAAGCAGCAUAUACCCAGGAAGAUAUUGAUGUGGUCAGAAAUGAGUGGGCAAAGUUUAUUGUGAAGACAUAUAUGUAAGCAUUGUGCUUGGUACUUAUGGAGCUAUAUCUUCUUUUUUAGUUGAGUUGAAACUUUGUUCUAUGGAUUU